CCUGGAUAUCUAUUGUGUCGUUUUGUUUCUCCUUUCAACAAAUAUCAAUCAUUCUCCUGUGGUCUUCUCCGAUGGCUCCUUCGCUUUCACCUUCAAAACAAACGGAACCUGGGACAUCAGUGGUCGAAGCAGAAACAGAUCCAAAUUUGCUCUUGGGUGCCCUCGAGAUUGGGAUAUUUGUCAGUACAUUCCUCUUCGGGGUGCUUAUGACUCAAGGCCGGACAUACUGGCGACAACGGAAGCGUGACGGAACUAUGUUUCAAGUGUUGGUGAGAGCACCCAACCCCUUCGAUUUUUCACUUAUUGAACUCGUACUCAGGUCGUGCUUUUACUCACUCUCGAAUUCGGGCAUACCAUAGCGUGCAUGGGAACCGUCUACUAUUUUACGGUGACCACAGCAGGAUACAGUGUCAAACCAGGCAACUGCUACUCUUUCAGCAUCGCUAUGGCCUUCGGCGCGUUUGUCAUCACUCUUGUUCAGACCUUCUAUGUGUUCCGCUGUUACACCUUCAGCUCGAACCUCACUCUCAGCUUGAUUGGUUACUCGCUCGUGCUUUUUCACGUUUCUGGAACCCUCUGGAUCACGUACGAAUCUUGGUUGGGGGUAACAGAUCCGAAUCCGUUCAAAGUUCAGACGGACUUUGGGUGGCUGAUCUCGGCUACACUUGGGGUAGGGGCAUUGGUUGAUGUCUAUGCAGCGGGAAGUAUGUGUUGGUAUUUGAUAAGAUCAUUAGAUGGGAUUGGGAGCAUUCAAAUGUUCGAGAGCACCACGAGCUUGGUGAAGAGUCUUUCGGUUUGGACGAUAGAAACUGGCCUCGCAACAAGCGCAGCUUCCAUCGCUGUGUUGGUGUGCUUCUACUUCAUGAGAUUCAAUUAUAUCUGGGCCGCGAUUUAUUUGUCAUUGACCAAACUGUAUAGCAUCUCCUUCUUAGCGUCAUUAAACCAACGUACGACAUACCGAAUGAGAUAUGGCAUUGCUGACAGCACACUCCCCGGAGCCCUCCCCAGGUCCAAUCACAGCUUUCUUCAUAUACCUUGAACUCGAGUCGGCGGGAUUCACUUUCUGGUGUCAAAACACAAAGGAGGCGGUGGACGGACACUCGAUCGAUUCCGCUGAGUUUGACUGGAGCUGUUUUUCGUCGCUGAUUUGACCGCAAAUUCGUUCUCCAUCGGACCAUAAACCAACUCCUUCGUUAGAUAGUGAUUAGGAAACCUCAUUUUGAGAUCCACUUACCUGGCCGAAGUCUUGUUCAGAGUACAGUACCUAGUGCAAACACCGAAUUGAGAAGUAUUUGUGACCAUCCAAAUCAUCUACAUAGCUUG